AUGGCUUGGAAUAAACAAGAGAUUAAAGAUUGGUUAGAAAAUGAAGGUCAUAUAGCUCAGCCAGAAUUACUUAAAUCCCAACUUUUAGAACUCGCUAACCAGUUUAAACCGCUGAGUGACACAUAUGUGAUUGAUGAAAUAGCGAAAGAAAAUAAUAAAAUAGUCUUACGGUUGCCUCCUUACCACUGUGAGCUUAAUCCUAUCGAGCUCACGUGGUCUUGGAUAAAACAUUAUGUACGUAUGCACAAUACGACAUUUAAAUUGCAAGAUGUACAUAAUUUAUUAAAAGAUGCUGUGGAACACGUCACGAGCGAAAUGUGGACAAAUUUUAUUGGCCACGUAAUCAAAGAAGAGGACAAAUUUUUGAGAGUUGAUCAUCUGUCUGACGAAGUUUUUGACGCGGAAACAGGAGAACAUACACUAACAAUUACAGGCGACACCACUUCAGAUUCCGACGACGAAAACAUUUAA